CCGGUGGCCGCCUGAGCGGCGGGACGUCGCCCGCUCGGUUGUGUCCCGGGUGCCUCCCGCGUGACUGACUUCAUGUCUGACAGACUUCGUGUCUGACUGACCUGCCGCCCCGAGUCCUUGCGGGCCCCCCUCUUCUCGCCCCCCAGCCCCAGCCCUCUUCCGUCCGGGCGGGUCCCCGGCUUCCAUCUCCCACCCCGAGCGGGUUCCCUGUCCCGCCCGCCGUCCUCCGGGGGGCCCUGGGUGAGCCCCGGCCCCAUGGCGCUGCAGGCGUUGCAGAGCUCGGGGGUGGCCUUCCGCAAGAUCCUGUCUCACUUCCCCGAGGAGCUGAGCCUGGCUUUCGCCUACGGCUCGGGGGUGUACCGCCAGGCGGGGCCCAGCUCAGACCAGAAGAAUGCAAUGCUGGACUUUGUGUUCACAGUUGAUGACCCCGUCGCAUGGCAUUCAAAGAACCUGAAGAAAAACUGGAACCACUACUCUUUCCUAAAAGUGCUGGGGCCCAGGAUUAUCACUGCUGUCCAGAAUAACUACGGUGCUGGGGUUUACUACAACCCGUUGAUCACAUGUGACGGGAGGCUUAUCAAAUACGGAGUUAUUAGCACCAGUGUUUUGAUUGAAGAUCUCGUCAACUGGAAUAACCUAUACAUUGCUGGUCGACUCCAAAAACCAGUGAAGAUCGUGGCGAUGAAUGAGGACGUGGCUCUGCGCUCAGCCCUGGAUCAAAACCUGAAGAGCGCUGUGACUGCGGCUUUCCUCAUGCUCCCGGAAAGCUUUUCUGAGGAAGACCUGUUUACAGAGAUCGCCGGGCUCUCCUACUCAGGUGACUUUCGGAUGGUGGUUGGAGAGGAUAAGGCAAAAGUGUUGAAUAUCGUGAAGCCCAACAUGGCCCACUUCCGGGAGCUGUACGGCAGCAUUCUGCAGGAGAGCCCCCAGGUGGUGUAUAAGCCCCAGCAGGGCAGCCUGGAGAUCGAUAAAAGCCCAGAAGGACAAUUCACUCAGCUAAUGACAUUGCCCAAAACCUUACAGCAGCAAAUAAAUCAUAUUAUGGACCCUCCUGGAAAAAACAGAGAUGUGGAAGAGACUUUAUUCCAAGUUGCUCAUGACCCCGACUGUGGCGAUGUGGUGCGUCUAGGGCUCGCAGCCAUCGUGAGACCUUCCAGCAUCAGACAGAGCACCAAAGGCGUUCUCACAGCCGGUCUGAAGAAAUCAGUGGUUUAUAGCUCACUCAAACUGCAUAAAAUGUGGAAAGGAAGGCUGAGAAAAACGUCCUGACUUUUAUCUAUUUUAUGUUUAGCUGAAUAAAAUGGUCCUUUUUGACAGAA